UUAAUUUUUACAGGAAAAAAUUAUUCAGAAUUUAAUUGAUAAUAGGCAAACAAAGUAGAGAUAAAGAAUAAAAGAAAAGCAAACAAUGAAAUUAGUAGAAUUUUUUAAAAGUUUAGACUUAUUUUCUGAGCCUGUUUAAUUCAAUUCUAGUAGACAGAAAUUCAGAAAAAGGACUUUUUUAGGUGCAAUUUUAACAUUAUUAAUUAUCUUAAUAACUAUCAUUUAUUUUGUGUAUUAAUCCUACCAAUAUUUCACUGGAUAAAUGGAUCCUAAAUUUAUAUCAUAAACUUAUGUAUCAUAAAAUAUUGAUAUUUAAGUUAACAAUGAAAUGUUUGGGUUUGAUUAUUUAAAUAUUUACAAUGGUUAAUACUUAAAUUAAUUAUAAGAGCAAUAAAAUAAAACAUAUAUUGUAUUUGUUGGAGCUUUUCUUCUAACUAAUGGUACAAAGAAUGAAAUUAUAUAUUUAGAUAUAAUAAAAUGUUAAAAUCCAGAAUUAAAAGGAUUAAAUUGUUUUGAUUUUAGUAAAAUACCUAGCGCAGCUUUGGUAUUAUUAAAUAAUGACACAAUUUUUUCUUACAUAAAUUUGCUUCUUUUCAGAUGCUAAGAUGUUGAUUCAUGGAAAUCUUUUGUUCCUGAUAAUUGUGCAGAUUAACAAUCAAUAGAUAAUUUUAUUAAUCUAGAACCUUUUAUGUUAAAUGUAAAAAUAUAAGUUUCUUAAUUUAACACAACUUCGCAGUAAAUCGAAUAUUAAUAUAGAACUUAGACCUUCAUUAAUUAGGCAAAUACCUUCUCAUAUAAUGAGAUAAGGGUAUAGAGUUAAUAAACUAAAGUGAAAUAAGGUUUUUUAAUUUAAUCUGAACAAAAAUUUUCUUCACCCUAUUCAUAUUAGUUGAAAAGUUAAGUAUAUAACCGCGAUUAAAUGAUAUAAGCAAAAGGUAUUUAAUGUUUUUGUCAAAUCAUCAUUAUUUCAGAUGAAACUGUAACUUACUUUAAAAUAUAAUACCCAAUAUUUACAGAGGUUUUAGCACUUUGUAACAGUACUUUAGCCUUAUUGCUACUUUUAGGAUCUUAUUGUAGAAGGCUUGCACAGAAUAUUAUCAGAAGAGAUAUAUUUUUUAUUUUAAUGAAGGAUUUUUUUUCAGGAACAUAUUUAAAUAUCUUAGAACAUAAUAAAAUAGUUGAUACCAGCAUUUAAACUGAAGAAAAUCUAAUUCUCUAGGAUGCAUAAGUUAAAGAAAAGAGUAUUGGAGAUACCGAAGAAAAUAAUAAAAAUUCUAUUCUUCCUUAUUUAACACCAAAAUCUAACUAAAAAGUAUUUUAAUAAAAUAAUGAUGAGAUUGCAGAUUAAGAUUAUAUAAAAGAAGAUACAGUAACAUCAGUCAAAUAAACAGAUAGCUCGGGUAUUGACUUUUAAAUGCCAAUGAAACUCUAAAAAUUUAAUGAAAAUGAUUAAACUCCUAAAAUAUUUAGAAAAAAAUAUUUAGUUCAGCAACCUUAGUAACAAAUGAGAGAUUCUAAAAACAGCUAAACAAGGAAUCAAUAUGUAUUCAGUAAACAUGAAAACAUAGAUAAAGAUUAAUCAAAUUUUAAUAAUGUUUAAGAAAAAAGUAAAAAAUAUAAUAACUAUACUAUUAAGCAAUUAAAUUAGCACUUUUAAACGUUGAAUGAUAAAUCUAUGCAGUUAAAACUUGAAUAAAUAAUCUAUAAACCAAAGUGUAUCAAAAGAAAGGAAUUUCUAUCUUCUAAAGGAUUAAAAUAAAAAAUAAUAAGUGAUUUUGAAAAGAGUGUUGAUGAUAGCUUAGAUUUCUUCACAUUUUAUAAAGAAAUUUUACUACUAAAGAAAGCUAUUAUGAUUUUAUUAAACAAAGAAUAAUUUGCUGCCUUAUAGAUUGUUGGAAUGGAUGUAGAAAUAAUAAACUAAAACAAGGAAAAUAAAGCACUUACUAACUAAACAGAGGAAAAAUAUGGUAAUCACUUCAGAGAGUAGUAUGAACUGUUAUAAUCAAAAGAAUUAUAAUUAUAAUAUAUAAAUGACUUUUUAAAAAGAUGUCAAUACAACAAUUAAAGUUUAGAUAACUUAGAUAAAAGAAUUUUAUCUUCAUUACUAAUAAAUUAAUGAAAGUUAUAUAUAUAAACUGAAUUCCUUUCGAAUAUCAACAGCAUAUUUGAAUAAAUUGUGAACAAAAAGAUAAAAACAAUCUCAUUAUCUAAUUUCUACUUAUUUUCAAGAAUAAUAAGUAGAACCAAUAAUAUUAAUAACAAUAAUUGUAUUAGUAUUUUUUUAAAACUAUUGUUAAUCAGUACUUGUUACUUAAUUGUUAUUUAAAUUUCCUUAAUACUUUAAUAAAGUCAUUUUUUUAAAAAUUUUUGAAAUAGUUGUUAAGAUUUAUAUGUAAUUUAAUAAUAAUAGUAAAGUAGAGGUAAUAAUAUUAAG